UUCAAAACACAUUCUCUCCCUAUGCUCUCAGCCCGUAGAUCAGAGAGGUGUAUGAGAGAGAGAGAGAGAGAGAGAGAGAGAGAGAGAGAUACUCAUUUUACUUCCUAAUGGUUUUUCCUGAGGGAUCCAUCAUCCACUGCAGAGGAGGCAGCGAGAGUAAGAGAGACAGAGAGAGAGCAAGAGAGAGCAAGAGAGAGAGAGAGGGAGAGAGAGAGCGAGCGAGAGAGAGAGUGAGAGGGGGAAAAAAGAGGUGAAUCCGAAACACUUGGCUUUGCAGUCUUUGAUCCCAUACGUAGACGGAUUCCAUCUCGCUGCUCAGCACCACUGCACAGAGCUGAAUGGCAGACAUGGAUUGCCUCUCCACACCUCAAAAUAUCCAGAUCAGCGAGGUGACCUGCGACUCCUUCCGCAUCGCCUGGGAGAUGGCCCCUGAGGACACAGCGAGGGUGACUCACUACUUCAUUGAUCUGAGUCGCAAGGAGGGAGGGGACCCCAACCGCUUCAAACACAGGGAUGUGCCCACCAAGCUGGUGGCCAAGGCAGUACCCCUGCCCAUGGCUGUGAGGGGGCACUGGUUCCUGAGCCCUAGAACGGAGUACUGCGUGGCUGUCCAGACAGCCAUAAGGCUGCCAGAAGGGGGAGACUACCACAUAUCAGACUGGAGCCAAGUGGUGGAGUUCUGCACCGGUGAUUAUGCUAUGGAGCACCUCCAGCAGCUCUUGGAGAAAGCCCAGGGUGUAUCUGGGAGAAUGCUCAGAUUCUCUAUGUUCUAUCGUAAUCAGCAACCGGAUUACUUCCACUACGUCAGGACGGCUUGUGGGGGACUGAUGCAUCCGGCGCUGAAAGACAACAGCGGGAGUCACGGCUCUCCAAUCAACAGCACCCUACAGGGAAUCUUCUUCAGCUGCAACAUAGAGUUUGACACGGGCCUCCCCCCCAAUGACUCCCCCUACGGCCCCCUGCGCCUCCAAGUCCCCGCUGGAUGCCUGCUCAAUCCAACGACCUGCCUUUAUUUUGCCGACUUCUACUGCAUGUACACUGCCUACCACUACGUUAUCCUGGUGUUGGCCCCUGCUGGCUCGGAGGGGGAUAACUUCUGCCGCAGUCGGCUGCCCCAGCUGGACCUGUCCGCCAAUCCCUUCCUGACCUACACCCCCCCACAGAGGGAGGGGGAGGAACCUGUCUUCUGCCACGCCCACGACGUCAUCCUGGAAGUGUUCUUCACCGAGCCCCUACACCUGGAGCAAGGCACACUAGUAGAGAUCAGCGGUCACCACCAGCUGAUGAGCCAGUCCACAGCUAAUGCCAAAAAGGAUCCCAGCUGCAAGAUCUGCAAUAUCAGCGUGGGUCGCUAAGGUGGGCAGGAACUCAAGCUUCGGACUAAUCCUGAUUGACGGAGAUCAGGUAUGCGGGAUACCCCACCUGCUUGACUGUGUGCAUGCUCUUCACGACACUUGGAGGAAAAGACCAACCGUGAAAAUUGCCCCUUAUCUCAGCAGAUGACACACCACUGGCAGAGUUUACCAAGGGUUGCAUUUCCCCUCUACAUUUUAUGAAUCGAACCUCCUCAUAAUAGAAAGAUAUCCCUUAUGUUGACAACAUGUUAAUAAAACUGAAGGAGCAGAUGAGGGUAAGAUUGUACUUGGUUAAGAGAAAGCCAUUCUGUAUGUACUACAUUGCUAAGUCUUACAUUUUAGGUUGCUACAAGUAUUCCAUCCAGCUGACAUCAGUUCCGUUUCUAAUGUGUUAUAUAUUCCUUGGGUUAGUCAUAAAACUAUUUUAAUAUCACAAAACUAAAAAAAAAAAAAAAAAAAAAAUCAUUAAACAUCAAACCACGAGAGCCAAUCCAAAAUCAUGACUAGAAGUUUACCACCGCUAAGGAAAUGUGUAAUAUGUAAUACAAUGAAAACCAACAGAGAAAACAGGCUAUUUCUUGCAUUUCCUAACUAGCAACAGUACUUACCUCAGUGCUGGGAAUCCAGGCCAGCAAAUCUGAGGUGGGAAAUAUGAUGCUGCAUUUGUUGAAGAGCUGGAUUCUGACAUUUGUUAAGCUGACCGUUAAACUCGACUUGACUCUUCAAUCACGUCACGCAGAGGCUUGUCUAAUCUUUGGUGAUUGAAUUCUGGUUAGAUAUCCAGAUUGCUCCCGUCAACUUGGGACUGUGCAAUGUCAGAAAAUACAUGCUCCAUUGCUCACAUAUGGUCCUGGAAGCACAGUGUGUAUUUUCGUGCUGAAUCAACUACAUCACAGUUAUUCAGGUUUGAUUCAGCAAUGAAAUUAAAUACUGACCUUUAACUGACAAUACACAAAUUACAGAAACGUGAAAUAAAGAAAUAUGCAUUUGUGCUGAUAAAAAAAGAUAAAAUGCGGUUUAUCCAAAAUGAUUUUUUACCAUCUAGAUAUUUUAUAAGCAAAAGGCUGUCUCAGUUAAGACCGACUACUAUUUCAUUGUACUUCAAGGCCCCAUUAAACACAAAAUACCAUUAAUCAAUAAAUCCUAAUAAGCUUCCUGAGAUACUGACUUAAUUAUAUUGUUAAUGACUUUACAUAAACUUCUGAAGCACCUGUACUUGAACAAACACGUUCAAAAUCUAUAUCCAUGGCAAUGAACAAACAGCAGGUACCUCAAUGUCGAAUCCAGAUCAACAAUUUAUCAACAACUAAAUAAAGCCACAUCAUUUGAAAAUGAAAACCCCAUAUAAUAACACAUAGCGGUGUUAUGAUACAAUAGUGAUAACAUAUCACACAACAAAAGUCUCAUUAUUUUCUCACUUUUACUUUAUGUUCUAGAUCAGCCUUCUCUGUGUAUCCCUCAAUGCAAACCACCAUUUCCUUAUCAUAUUGGAAUUACAGCUGAUAUAUCCAACUUACCCCUUAAUACUUAGGAAGCACAAAUGAUAAGUGAAUGAAACUAUACACUUGAAUGCAGUUUAAAGCUUCAAACGACAUAUCAUUGAAUGGAAUGUGAAAGGGUGAGGAGGCCAUGUACCUGUUGCAUAUAAUGUGAUUUAUAGCGUCUUAUGUAUCCCUAAAUGUGUGUUUUUACUGUCCCAAGUAUUGUGUAAAAUGACCAACAAACCAUGGAAUAGUCACUGACUAUAUACAUAGUGAAAAUAGUUUCCAUUCUUGCAAUUCCUGUACUAUAUGUGUACACAAUUCAUGUGUCUAAAUGUGUUUCUGGCGAUUAAAUCUGCACCAAGAGGGUUGAUUUUGAAACAAA